UCUGUGUGCAGGACAGGUCCACUCCCUUGCACUGUGCUCUCACUGCCAGCUGCCAGUGCUAGACACUACUCAUUAUGAAAAAACCGCUCACAAGUCACAACUGACCAAUCCAACCACGAAGCUCCCAGUCCCUAGGAACUUCUCCUGUCUCGGACCUCUCCCCUGCGGAUAUAGGACCACGGUACUGCCAACAGACAGUCGCAACAGAACGACGGAGAUGAACUAGCUAGCCUACUCUUAAACAAUGAGCUGAAGCUGGACAGUCAACACGGAAGAGACCUAGUUCACUCACUCAUCUGCAACCGACGCUGGAAUGACGGAACGUUGUCUAUAUUUUUCACCGCUGUAGGCUAAUGCCUUGCACUUUGAGAUCGGCUACCUGGACUUGAUAAAACAGCGUCUCCCAACGCCGUACACUGAGGAUGGGGACUUUUAUACGGAAAAUAGGAGCAUUUUGGUGAACUCUUCAAUCAUUUGGUUUAUGUUUGUUACUCUUACUGUGAAUUCUUGAGCGUUUGACUUCGAGGAGGGAAUCCUUGGUCUGUUUUUGCAACCCGCCUUUUGAAUGAUGCAAAUCGACAGCAAAUCUCGCGCUGGUUUUCCGCACGUUCGGGCGACUAGUCGUUAAAUAGCUAUUACUUUUAGUGACAGGUGCAUUGCAUUGGAGAUGCCACAUGUGCAUGGUAUGAAUUUUAUAUGAAACACAUUCCCAUAGAUCGCAUAUAUUAAGUGCACCAAUAUUGACGAUUGCAUGUGUUUUUAUUAGCUUGGAGAGAUAGUUGAAUAUGUAGGCUAUUGUGAGGUGUAGUAAUUUACCUGCCUUCUGAACUGCAAACGAUUUCAAUGUCACUCAGCAUUCUUUAUAGCCAUUAAGCGAGACUGUGAGCACAAUGGAACUCAAAGUAGAAUCCGAAGAAAUGGACUGCAACCAGCCACCCCCAGUUGAGGCUUUUGCGCAAAACUCAACGCUGCACGGAAUUUCGCACAUUUUCACCUAUGAGAGGGUCUGCAUCAAGCGCUGUCUAUGGGUCGUGUUCUUCCUUGGCUCCUUGACUUUCUUACUGUUUGUGUGCGUGGACCGAAUACACUUCUACCUGGAGUACCCACACGUCACCAAACUGGACGAGAUCUCGACCCCGGUGAUGGUGUUCCCCGCUGUCACGUUCUGCAACCUCAACUCGUUCCGCUUCAGUCGCGUGACGCGCAAUGACCUGUACCACGCAGGGGAGCUGCUAGCGCUGCUCAACCAGAGGUAUGAGAUCAGGGACACCCAUUUGGUGGAGGAAAGUGUUCUGGAGACCCUGAAGGUCAAAGCUGACUUCCACAACUUCAAGCCCCGUCCCUUCAACAUGCGUGAGUUCUAUGACCGCACAGGACAUGACAUCAAGGAAAUACUGCUGGCGUGUCACUUCCGGGGGGCCGAGUGCAGAGCCGAGGACUUCCAAGUGGUGUUCACUCGCUAUGGGAAGUGUUACACGUUCAACGCAGGAGGCGAGGGCCGCACCCCUCUCAUAACUACCAAGGGAGGGAUGGGGAACGGUCUGGAGCUCAUGCUGGACAUUCAGCAAGAUGAGUACCUCCCUGUGUGGGGAGAGACAGAUGAGACCUCAUUUGAAGCUGGGAUCAAAGUUCAGAUCCACAAUCAGGAGGAGCCACCCUUCAUCGACCAGCUGGGCUUCGGAGUGGCACCUGGGUUCCAGACCUUUGUCUCCUGCCAGGAACAACGGCUGAUAUAUUUGCCCCCACCCUGGGGGGACUGUAAGGUGACAUGGAUGGACUCAGAAUUCUUUGAAACGUACAGCAUCACCGCCUGCCGUAUCGACUGUGAGACGCGCUACCUGGUGGAGAACUGUAACUGCCGCAUGGUGCACAUGCCUGGAGAUGCCCCAUACUGCACCCCUGAGCUGUACAAAGAGUGUGCUGAUCCAGCUCUUGACUUCCUGGUGGAGAAAGACAAUGAUUUUUGUGUGUGUGAGACGCCGUGCAACAUGACCAGAUACAGCAAGGAGCUGUCCUUCGUCAAGAUCCCCAGCAAGGCCUCUGCCAAGUAUCUGGCCAAGAAAUACAACAAGUCAGAGCAGUACAUAGCUGAUAAUAUCCUGGUUCUGGACAUCUUCUUUGAGGCUCUAAACUAUGAGACGAUCGAACAGAAGAAAGCCUAUGAAGUAGCAGGACUUUUGGGUGAUAUUGGUGGUCAGAUGGGUCUUUUCAUUGGAGCCAGUCUCCUAACUAUUCUGGAGCUGUUUGACUACAUCUAUGAGGUGAUAAAGUACAAGCUCUGUCGAUGCUCAGAGAAGAAACACAAGCACAGCAACAACGACCAGGGAGCUGUUCUGAGCCUGGACGAUGUGAAAUGUCACGGAGGAGCAACCCAGAGGACGUCACCUGCUGAGCCAAUCAGAACACAAGGAAGUAAGAAAAUGGAGCAUUUCAAUUUAAUUCAAAAGUGGACAGAUGUCAGAGUAUAAAGCUUGAUAAUGGGUAAUAUGUAACAAUUCAAUAGCACUGAAGUCACAUGGGUGCAAGAGUAGUGCUAGCCACGUAUAGCCUGCUGGAUCAUAAUGACUGCAAUGUCAUGAAAGUGGCAAUGUUAAUCCAUGUACACAUUAAAAUAGUUAUUCUAUUGUCUUCUAAGAAUGUAAUUUUACUUGGGCUACAUUUAGAUAUAGCAAGCAGGACUAAGAGAUUUUGGCUUUGGGUGUGUGAUGGUGGGAAAUGUCCUCGCAGUAUAUUGGCAUGUUUGUCUGUGCUACAAUUUUGGUCUGUUUGUUUGUAUGGUUGUGUUUAUGUGCAUGCCCUUUUUGAGUGUGUGUGUGUUUUGAGUGUAUGUAAUACUUCAAGAGUACACUUUCUCAAGUUAAUGAAUUGCAGUCCCGAAAUUGGCUCCUUUUGUAAUUUACUGCUUCUGUCCAAUUGGCCAAUUUGACAUAAUUCAAUGAAGUUGAUUUUUCAUCUUGUAUUAAAAAAAGUAAUUAUUCAAUUGAAAAGAUUGUUCACCAUUUUCUAAGAGAAGUCAACAUUUGUAUUUUCUUACGUAAGAAGUGUGAAAGUUUUACAGCCAAAUGAGUAGAUGUGAUAGAACUAGAUGACGAGAGAUGUCGAUCCACUUUUUUGACAAUGGAAAUAUGGCCUGACUCCCAAAAGUUAAACAAUUGGACCACUGUUACUACAAUAUAUUUGGGUAGGAACCAUUGGAGGUAGCUAGGAGCACUUACUGAAACGAUCUCUUAUCACUCAUGCCUCAUUUAGCCAUGCUAGAUGUAUUUAUCAUAGGAAAGGGGGAGUUGUGUGACAGUGUGUAACUGUGUAGUGUUAUUCUCAAGCACAACAGUACCAUGAACAUGUAAAUAAAAUACUGCAAGGAAGGACUAUGGAUAAUGUUCUGAUGGUGGUUGCAUAGUCUUGCCUAAUGUUCUUGAUGUAAUUAAUGUAGCCAUGUGUAUGUGAUCUUACUUUUGUUUUUCUAUAAAUACUAUGCCUACCAGUUUACAUGUUUUCAGAUGUUUUAUUUAUCUAAAAAGCAACAAUAAAGUAUAAUGACAUUUCAA